UUUCGUUUUGAAAAUGUCAACCCAAGAAGAAUAUCUAUUUAUUUUAAGAGAAACUUUUAACAAUUUAAUCAAAAAAUAUCUAGAAAGCAAAUCAUUAAAUAGACAUUGCAAAACCUUUAUUUUACAAACUGAUUAUGAUCUAAUUAUUUCAAUACUUUGUGAGCCUAAUAAUGUAAACUUAGAAACCUCUAAAGAUCAACAUUGGAUUAAAAAUUCUUUUCAACUUCAAGAAUUAAGAACUAAAACAAAUCUGAUUACUUAA